AUGGUGCUGAAAGCUUGCAUUGACGGGUGGAAGCAUCUACGAAAGGUUAUUGUGGUGGAUGGUACUCAUAUGUUUGGGAAGUACAAAGGGUGUUUACUAACUGCAAGUGGGCAAGAUGACAAUUUUCAGGUAUUCCCUAUAGCGUUUGCUGUUGUAGACAAUGAAACAAACGAGUCUUGGAGUUGGUUUUUUGAGAAGCUGACAGAGAUCGUAGAAGAUGGCCCCGAUUUAUCUAUUGUGUCUGAUAGAGCAAAUCAAAUAUGUGUUGCUAAAGAUAAGUGGUAUCCUCUUUCACACCAUGGGUGCUGCCUCGUACACCUACAGAGAAACGUCGACGCAAAAUUAAAGAAAAGGAAUCAGAAGCAAAUGGUUGGCAGGGCAGCCGAGGUAUUCAAGGUAUCCCACUUUAAGAGACUUUACGCGGAGAUCAAACUUACAGAUAAGCGCUGUUGGGAUUAUCUUGAGAAGAUCGAUCCUAUACAUUGGACAAGGUCACACUUUGAGGGCGAGCGGUACAAUCUAAUGAGCUCGAAUAUAGCUGAGUCUCUCAACAAAGCACUAGUUCCUGCGCGCGAUUCCCCGAUAAUGGCGCUAUUUGAGUUCAUCAGACGCAUGAUUAGUCGUUGGUUUGUGAGUAGAAAGUUUCCUACUUCAUUUCAUAUGGUCUAA